AUGACCUCUAUAAACCAUCCUAAUAACUUGUGCCUUGUCACCCUUCACUUCCCUUCCUUCACCUCUUGCCACUGCCCUGACCAUGUGCCGCCUAGGGAGCUUGACAAGAAAUUUGACAAAAUUUUAAACCUAAAAAUUACCUCAACUAAUAACCCUAUCAACAUCCUUACUAACCUCUGCACCGGCCUCGAAACCUUCCUCGGCUUCAACUCUGAGUCCAAAGGCUACGACGGCACUGGGAUUGUGUACUCUGACCUGGACAGGCUGUGCGAUGCGGUGAUGGGAUUUUUGAGUGGUGUGCUUGGUGCGGUGAAAAACGAAAAUGAAGUGACAACUUAUGAUAAUUACAUGACUAAAAAGCUUAAUGAAGUACUAGACACCUUAACUAAAAAUAUUGGCUCCGGGCGUGCUGGGCUUGCGGCGUCUGUCCGCGCGGUGAAGGAGUGGUUGGAGGGGUAUGGAAAGAGUGUUAAUCAAAAAUGCGAAGAUGUAAAAACGCCGUUGAUACUUAUAAGAAAUGACAUUAAUAAUGUCGAACAAAAGUUUCAAGAGCAAAAAAAUAAAACACUCAGAGACCAGCAUAAGGCAUGGAAACAUAUAUUAGAGUUGUAUCUCGGACACGCUGAUGUGGCUGAAAAGGCGCAAGAUAAAUUAGAUUCACAACUAAUAAGAAAGUUAGAGACGCCGGUAACGGCAAUAAAAGAUGCGGUUAAAUUGUUGGAAGAGUCGGCGAGAAACAAGAAAUUGGCGGAGGAGCUGAAGGCUGUCGAUGAGGAGUUACUCCGUCAACGGAGAAGCAUUGAAAAUAGGAUGGCUCAGGAAUUUAGAAAUCUACGAGAAAAUUUGACUGCUUUAACCGAAAUGAAGGAUGAAAAGUUUGCCCGUCUCAAAAACGUUGUGAAAGAAGCCAAGGUAGAAGCUAAUAAAUUGAUUUCAGAAUACAAAGGAACGUACAACAAUGAGAUUGACAGACUUUUUAAAGAGGUCACAAUUGCACUGAACGAUAUCACAAAAAAGUCUGGCCCGGAAAGAAAAUGCAAGCUCAACGAACUAUUUGGCCAAAUAAAAAAGAAAGUGAGCAAUAUUGGUAUUGAAAUUGGCAGCAGCAAUGUGGAGUUAGCAGAGUGGAAGGUGGCCGCUGGAAAUGUUUUGGAAAACGCUAUGAGAACAUGUGAAGAUGUUGUUGAGAAGCUAAAUAUAACGUCGAAUAACGAUUUGAAAACACCGUUGCAUCGUGUCAAGUUGAAAGCGACGGAGCUAAACGAUGCCUAUCAGGGUGCAAAUAAUAAGCUUCAGCAAGUUGCUCAGAAAGCUGAGGCUGCGUUUAAGCAACUUGGAACGCUUCAUACCGACGUUAAGGAGAAGGUGCCGAAAGGACUUGAUGAUUUUAAUAAUGGCGCCGUUGAAUGGAAUGUUAAUGGUCAAAUCGUUGCACUUACAAGCUCGAUUACAAGUAAUGUUGAGGGGUAUAUGAAGGAGUUGUCGGCAACAUUUACUGACGCAGCAGCAAGUGCCAGCUGGUCGGGUAAUUUGAGACCAGGUGUUACAAAAUUGGUUGGAGCUUUGCAAAAUGGUAAUCUGGGAACGGAGUUGAAGAUAUUAGGAGGCGUGCUGCAACAGGCCAAUUCGAAAGCUCAUAAUAAUAUAAAUGAUGCAUUAUAUAAUUUGGAAAUCACUCUUAGUCAUUUCAAGCAGGCUAUGGUGCAUUGGGGGGAACUUCCAUCUGAGUUUUCGUCUCAUGAUAUCCUGAAAGAUCUCAAAGGCGCUUUUAGUACCAAAGCUAUUGCAGACACAUUUAAAACAAAUCUAGGCACACUUUUGCAGCAGGCGGCUCAAAAAGGCGUAGACGAAUUGAACAGGCAGAUACAGGCAGCGCGGGAAAUUACGGCGAUUAAAACUGUAGAUACAACCGUUGAUGCUGUCGUAUCCGCAAUCGACACCAAUAAUGCUCAAAUCACCGAAGCGGUAGGGAAUAUUGAAAGUCAGCUUGUGAGCAUAUCUACGAUGGUUAAAGAAGAACCUACCAAGACCAAGCAGACUGUGAAUGAUUACCUAGCCGAUUUGAAAACCAUGAUGACGCUUAACAAUGACGAUGUGAAACUUCUUGCGAAAUAUUUGCCACCACUCCCGGCUGUAAGUGUGAAAGGGCUAAUGAAUAUUCAAGCCAAACUUGCUGAUCUGCAUCGCAGAAUCUGCAAUAUACCUACAAAUGGUGACGCGGACACUAAGGAGAUCGCACGCAUCAUCAAGUAUCUCGAAGAGAUCCCCGAACAAGUAGAGGAAAGGAGAAGAACGGCGCUUACGAAAAUGAUGGCAUUAGAAAGCAAUAUCGAUUUACUACACAAGCUGCUUGAUAAUGUGGAUGUCAACGUAACACUAGCUGAAACGGACAUACAAAGCUCCAUCGAUAGCAUCAACAAUGCGUUGAAACAGGCCGUUGCUAAAUGCCAAGCAACCAUCUCCUCCGCCUUCUCCACCCUCACCGCCGCCGUCCGCACGCUCUUCGCCGAGCAGAAAAAGGCCGACCUCCACGCGCUCAAGGGGGUGGUGGAGGAGCAGAUGAAGGUUAUCGAGGGGAUCAUAGACAAAGACAAAAGGACCGGAAUUAAAGGUCUUCUGAAGGCUGUAAACGGUAUGAAAGUCACAAUUAUCUCCUCUGACAGUCCUACAUUUCCGACAUCCACAACGGAACUCCUUGACAAUAUUAAGAAGGAUCUACCUCUUUCAACUCCGUUUACGAAAGGGCAUUUCACGCAAUUAUCUACCAAAUUCCACGACUACUAUAAAAACGUUGACACCUAUAUCAAGGAUCAAGUCAAACCUCCAACCUCCCCCCCGCCCACCAACCCAGCCAGCAAGCUAACCAAAAUCAAAGAUGACUUCGACAAAUUACUUACUCAUUUAAGUGCCUCAAAUAGCACUAAAAAGUAUAAUUACGAUAAAACUUUCGUUGAUUUACUCACCACCCUCUCCUCCUCCCUCCACCUCCUAUCCCCCUCCCACUUCGCGAACCCCCGGCACCCGGAGCUGCUCGAUGCGGUCAGAGCGGGGCUGGAUGGGUUUGUCAAGGAGCUGGGGAGGGUGUAUGUGAACGGGUAUGAUGGGUCAGAAAACGUUACAUUUUUCGGUUUUAACACAAAACUGAUGACAGAUGAUGGAAAAAAUUGUGCUAAGAUUUUUUUGACAAUUUUGAAAACAUUACGUACAAAUUUGUAUGACCUCUACGAGAAGUGUGAAGACAACAAAGGUAAGUGGAAAAAUGACAACAUAUGUUUGUAUGACGUAGAUAAGCAGUAUAAAGCCAAUGGCAACCCACUUGGUCACUGGUUCCAGCGUCGUGGUUACAAGGUACCGAAAGAUAAGAAUACUCAGGACGGGGAGUUGCGCAAUUCGGAAGGAUUGAAAGGAACAAAAAUCACGGAGCUAUGUGAUAAUGAAAUUAAAGGCGUUGAGUCAACAAUCAAGGACGUUUUGAAAUCGUAUAAAAUCCUAGAUGGUGAAGAAGUAAAACUCAGUAACGUUCUCUCCUUCCUUUACCGCUUCAUGCUCCGUGAUUAUUACAAAGUCUGCCAUCUCACUUACCGUCCCAAUCCCAUAUCUCCGACGACAAUAUACCAGAUGAUGCAAUGGCUUCCGGGGCUGGUGUUCAAUCCAAUGUUCGGUAAGGUGUGUGACUACGCUAAAGAAUUGUUCAGCAAACCCGACGGGUAUAAGGAUAAAAAGUAUGACGAAAUUCCCGUUGGUGAAUUGCAACUUUCCGCUACGACAAACAUUAAAUAUGACGACGUAAAAAACAAAAUCGCAAAUGCUUGUCUAUACUCCCACGACACGUUGAUUGCCAUCGUAGGUCAUGGUCACGCAGGUGGACGGUAUGCCGCUGACUUUUUCACCAACGAGGACAAUUUCAUUUACCCUAGCAGUCCUAGCGCGUGCUUCGAUAUGCUGGUUGACGUGUUGAAUAGAGUCUAUUUCCAAUUGUAUUUCCUGUACAAGCAGUGCUACAAUGGCCGCACUAGGGGCGGUUGGGAAGACUGCUAUUACGGUCGUCACGUCGGUGGAUCAGCAUGGACGUGCAACGAAGAACAAUGUGGCAACCUAUCAUGUCCCCAAAAGACCGAGCAAAUUGGUGAGCAAACAGCUGGCCAAACCGCUGACCAAAACGGAAAGCAAGCAGCCGACCAAACGUGUGACCAACACCCUACGUGCGGCGUGAAAUCACCUUUGCAGUCCUACUUAGAAGACGGGUUACAAGGCUUCCUCCCGCACCAGCUUACUAAGGUUGGCUGCGGCGUAAAAUGUUUGGUGACCAACCACUUUGGUAAACCGUGUCUCACGCCAAUGGGUUUCAGCGAUAUUGGCAUCGCCGCCUCGCAUACAAAGGACGGCAAGUAUCUCAAGGAGGCGCUUCACAAUUUCUGCAGCUCGCAGACACACCUUGCCAAGCUGUGUGGUAUGCUGAACUGCCUAUUACGCCAGGCGCCUCAGACUCUUGGUGACAUGUUUGCGUUCUACUACAGGUUCCUCGACCAGUGGAGUAAAGAUAACGAGCACAAAAAGCCGGCUUUCGAGUCGGCCGUUAAAAGAGCAAACUUCGGGGAUUCAACGACAGAGUUGGACGUCGCAUCUAUACAGAAUAGCAGUGAUCACAAAAAGCAUGUCUCCAAUGACGGCAAAAAUUAUACCGGUGAUCUAUUCACCUUAUUUUUCUGUAAUCGCAGCACGCGGGCAACUGUUCCCUGCGGACCAUAUUUGCAGUCGCUAAGCAAUGAUAUGCGGGUAUAUUUCUCGAAGAAUAAUGGCGGUGCCUAUUUAUCGUGGGUGGUAUACAUGACGGAGACAUUCUACGAUUUACUCAAAAAACUAUACGAUGAGUGUUGCAAGAACUGCAAUAAGCCCGGGUCGCGAUGUCACGACAGAAGUUGUGUCAGGGAUUGCCAAGUUAAUUACUGUUAUAAACAUAACACUCCCACCCCCGGACAAGAGUCGGGGAAAUUUAUAGCUAAUAUCAGACACGGAAAAUUGUGCACUUCCAUUGUCCAAUGUCGCAAUACCCACGCAACAUUAUACGCCGCAGGUUUCACCUUCGGAAGUCCAUCCGCACUCACUGACCACGCUGAAAAAACGAAACGUACGUGCCAAGAUUUCUGCAAAGCAUUAGAAAAAGUAUGCUCCGACAGUUCUGUACUGGCGCGAUUAGUCCACGAAUACAUCCCCAAAUUCUUGUGGCAAAUCAGGGAGAAAUUCUUCUGGACCACCGUCGCUCUUUGGUCCGCCUCAUUCUUCUAUCUCAUUAUUGUCAUGGUUGGCAGACUGGAUGUGCUCCACAUACGCUCGCACCUGAGGAUACCGUCGUCGCACAGGAUAACGGCGCAGUCGCUGUUGGCUGCAGCGCAAGUCGGAAGGCUUGCCAAGAUAUCGUAUCUACAGCCGUGA